UUUCCGAUCGAGGCGAUUAUUACCGGUGGGCAGGGCAAGACACGGAGGUGUGUAGCGACCGCGAUAAUACCGCGACGAGGCAGUGCAAGCGUGCAUGCGCGUCGCAACCGUCCACGGUUUUCCGGUAGUCCUCCCAACCUUUGGCCCAGAAUUCUUUUGUUGAUUUUUUUCCCGCCGAUCACCGCCGCCCUCUUCGGAUUCUCCGACCGCUGCAGCCGCAUGCCGCGCGAGUUUUUAUUCGCUUAAAUAAUAAUCACAAAUCGUUCGUCGGUUCCCGCGGCCGCCCUUAUCGCCAUGUCGUCGCCUUCGUCGCCGCUGCAUUGUCGCCGUACGCCGUCGAUGCAUACGACCAUCGCCUUGGUGGCCGCCGUGGCUGUUGCGGUCGCCGUCCACUCGACGGUCGCCGCCCCGCAGUCCGACGGCGACGCCGUGAUCACGAUCGCCGGCCAGCAGUGCAAGUGCGUGCCGUUCUACUUGUGCGAGUCGAGCAAUACCGUCGACGUACCCUCUGGAUCUACAGAAUCGGGUUGUGCAAGCGAGUUGGUAUGUUGCCGAGUACAAGGUGAUUUUCCUUUACCGCCAGUGACCGAAUCUUAUAUACCGUCGUCUGAAAUACCAGAAAUUAGUUCAUCUACUCAGGCACCAUAUAUUGAGAAUAAUAAUAAGCCAUGUACAUGUGUCUCCAGAAAUCAAUGUUUACCACCAAGUUCAAAUAUUAGAGCAGGAAGUUGCAGCAGCAAUAAAGUAUGUUGCAUAAAUGAAUAUGUCAAUAUCGGAACAACUCAGGAAACACCUAUUACUGGCGAUCCCGCCAAUAACAAUGUUCGUAGUUGUGGUAUUGGUAAGUCACCGCCAAAUACCAUAAAUUCUGAUAAUAUAGGAACCCGUAUUAUUAAUGCCGAAGAUAACUCAAACACGCAUUUUGGUCAAUUUCCGUGGAUGGCUGCUAUAUUAAAAACAGAUAUGAAUGAAGAGACUGGUAUAAAAACUGAAAAUGUUUUCCUGUGUGGUGGUUCAUUAAUACAUCCACGAGUCAUACUAACUGCGGCGCACUGCGUCAGAGGUAAGGAUGUGAAAUUGAUGAAAGUACGAGUCGGCGUGUGGGACACCCAGUCCAACAGUAACGAAGAAGAUAGAGAAAAGUCGCACGAAGAUCGUGGUGUUUCAAAAGUAGUUUAUCAUCCAAAUCAUAAUAAUGGAACUAUGUACAAUGAUGUUGCGUUAGUCGAACUCGAAUCUGAAAUUACAUUACAUCCACAUGUUAAUGUUAUAUGCAUUCCUAAUAAUGAAAAACAAAUUAACUACGACCCUCAAUCGUGUGUAUCGACAGGAUGGGGUAAAAAUGGAUUCGAACCGGGUAGCCGAUAUCAAACCGUGUUGAAAAAAGUAGACUUGUCUCUCGUGCCCAACGAUUUGUGCCAGCAGCAAUUACGGAGUACGCGUCUUGGAAACUUUUUCCGUUUACAUGAAAGUUUUCUUUGUGCUGGUGGCAUAAAGGGAGUGGAUGUGUGCAAAGGUGAUGGUGGCGGUCCGUUAAUAUGUGCAAUGAAAGGAUACCAAGGGAAGCCUAAGAAAUAUAUUCAAGUGGGUAUUGUCUCGUGGGGUAUUGGGUGCGGUGAUGAAAAUGUACCCGGUGUAUACUCGUCGGUAGCGGUUAAUUCUCAGUGGAUCAACAAGGAGCUUAAAACGAUAACAUCACAAUAAAAACGUCGCUUUUUUCCAACCGCUGACAUUUUAAUUUAUAUUUUUAUUACACUGACCGAGUAUUUUUCGAUAUAUUAUAACAUGAUCAUAAAUAUAUUACAAUUAUUUACGUCUUAAAGACAGUUACCUUCUUUUUUUUUUGAGUAGCCGACAGCACAUGACUGAUGAGGCUCUUUGUGAACAAUACUUCUCCUCUGCUCCCUCAUUGAUGUAAACAAAUUGGGAUAAAAUAUCACAGCUAUUUAUC